AUGCGCGCCAUCGUCUUUGCCAGCUGGCUCAACGUCCUCCUCGUCUUCAUUCCUGUCGGCUGGGCGCUCCACUUCACCCACCAGAACGACACAAUCGUUUUCGUCUUCACGUUCCUCGCCAUCAUCCCGCUCGCCAAGUUGCUCGGUUACGGCACCGAGGAGCUUGCUCUGCGUGUCGGACAGACUCUCGGAGGCCUCAUGAACGCGACCUUGGGCAACGCCGUCGAGCUCAUCGUCUCUAUCAUUGCCCUGGUCAAAUGCGAGAUUCAUAAGGCCACGUUUCUACAGGUCGUCCAGUCGUCGCUCCUCGGAUCCAUCCUGUCCAACCUUCUACUCGUCCUCGGCAUGUGCUUCUUCGCGGGCGGCAUCAAGUUCCAGGAGCAGGGCUUCAAGGACACGGCCGCGCAGCUCAACUCGUCCCUGCUCGUCAUCUCCGUCAUCGCCAUCCUCCUCCCCGCCGGCUACAACGCCGCCUUUGCCGACAACCAGACGGCCGAGAUCGAGCAGGACCGCAUUCUCAAGAUGUCGCGAGGCAUUGCCGUCAUCCUUCUCGUCGUCUACCUCGCGUACUUGUUCUUCCAGCUCUUCACGCACCAGCACCUCUACGCCGAGGGCCACGACGAGGAGGAGGAAGAAGUCGAGGAGCCGACGCUCAACAAGUGGGCCGCUCUUGUGCUGCUCGUCGUCGUCACGGUCCUCGUCGCCGUCACUGCCGAGUUCCUCGUCGGCAGCAUCAAUGGCCUGACCGAGGCGCACCCCGAGAUCAGCGUCGAGUGGGUUGGCCUCAUCCUUCUCCCGAUUGUCGGCAAUGCCGCCGAGCACGUCACUGCAGUGUCCGUCUCGGUCCACGACAAGAUCGACCUCUCGAUGGGCGUCGCCGUCGGCUCGAGCAUCCAGAUUGCCCUCUUCGUCAUUCCCUUCAUGACCGUCCUCGGCUGGAUCAUGGACAAGCCUCUGUCGCUCCUCUUCGACCCGUUCGAGUCGAUUACUCUCUUCCUCAGCGUUCUCAUCGUCAACUACACGAUCCAGGACGGCCGCUCAAACUGGCGUACGUCUCCUUUCUCUGCCGUGUACAUCAUCGUCGCCGUCGCCUUCUGGUUCUACCCGGCCGGCGGCAACCAGGCGUUCACGUGUUGA